UUAUAUAGAUAAGGAUUCUGUGGGAGUGAUUUGACUGUACAAAAAUUCUGAUUGGUUUGAGACUUUAUCAGUCAAGGUAGCAGUAGCAAUAGAGGCUUUCAGAGAUAAAUCAUUUGACACAAUAUAUCAACUGUUUCUGGUUACUGUCAUUGACAUCGAGUGAUUAAGCCUGUUAUUUCUCGGAAACUAAUAGCAGGUGUCAUCAACCACGUUCGAAGAGUCAGCCAUCAAGCCUGGCCUUUUUUUCUGUUCGAUUUGCUGCUAAACCGAAACGUAUAAGCAAUUACUGGUUGAUUCACAUCUUGUAACACUAUUUAAUUGCUCACAAUGCAGGACACAGCAUCGCCAAUAAGCAGAUUUAUUACGCGUUUCACGGAUUUCCAGGAAGACCGAUAACGAAAGAGGCCAGCCAUGGAGGACAGGAGAAUUCUCCCUACAGGGGUAGCAGGUGAUCCAAAAACAAUGGGCAUACCCUUAGAGGUCAAAAUUGAGCCGGACACAAAAACCCGUAGGGUGAGAGAGGAGGCACUGCCUACCGUACCCAUCAGGGUUAAAAAAGAGGACGUCUCUGACGUGCCACUCAAAGUGCCCAGAUUCCAGUACGUGGACUUUCCUUCGCUGCACCAGUGCAUCCAGCAGCUCACCGUGCCACCCUUGGACAGCUGGCUGGAGGGUUGCCCUCUGGCCCUGGGAAGACCCUCUGGAGGAUGUGCCCCUCUCACUUCCAAGGAGAAGGUUCCCAAGUUUAAGUAUGUGGAUUAUCCCUCUCUGCACCACUGCAUCCAGCAGUUGUCUGUGCCGCCUCUGGAGAGCUGGAGCUCGGGGUUGGCCAGGCCAGGGAGUGUGGCGACAGGUGGACCUGGAUCCACCUCUCAGCCCAGCUUUGUGAGGGGGAAUCAGACAGGACAGGGAGAUGUUUCAGCAUCGGCUCAAAAGCAGGACAAGUACACUGCUUUCCCCUUCCCUGGUCCUGACCCCAGUUCCAUCCAGUUUGUGAACUCCUCAAACCAGGCAUCCCAUAAGCCUCAACUGCCUCAGAUGCGCUUGAGCAGUCUGCCCCGAGCCAGGCCCGCAGUAAGCUCACAGGGGGAAGAGGCUCGCAAUAAUGUGGUGUGUUCAGAUCAGCUGUCUCAAAAGUCCUCUAAUCCCAAAUCUUGGGUUGCUGGAAUGAAGCGUGUCAGAGGAGCAGGGCUACUCCAUCAGAGUAAUAGGAAGUCAGCUGGUGAUGAUAAUUGGCACGCAGACCUAAAGAAAUCUCCAGAAAGUCAUCAAGAGGCCAAAGUGGAGCUCAAUGACUCUCCUGACCUAGGGCAAGGUUUUUGGAGAACCAUCCCAGAGUCUGUCUGCCCCUUUUGCCAAAAUAUGUUUUCAAAUCCAGAGGAAUUGCGGAUCCACCAGAAGAGUCACAGAGAAAAGAAGCCACAUUGAUGUCUUGACCAAGGACACGUACAGCUGACAACAAGGAAUAUCUUCACAACUGUGCAUCUACUUCAGUACUUACUACACAGGCGUGGAUUGUGGCAGUCAUCUUCACAAAUUAUUGGUCACCUGAAAGGGGUCCACUGAGGUGGUUUUGAGUGUUGUGUGUUUAUCUUGAUGACCUACUGUAAGUGAGGGACUACAAACAAUCUCCUUUAGCUAAGAGCCUAAUUCAUAAUUCAGUUUAGGAAUUAAAUGUGAAAUUAAAUGUAAUAGAUUGACCUGCAGUGGCUCUUGAUAGUCUUACAACUCUUCAUUUACUUAUGGGUUCAUUUGCCAGGAGGUGGUACACAUUAGAUUAGAUAUAACAGGAAAAUCAACCAUUUGAUGUUUCAAUUCAAAUGUCAGGAAUUCGAUUGAAAUGCAAAGCAAUGCAUUCAUUUUUUGUGCUGCGGUAGUUGAGAAUUUAGUUUUAAUUUAUUUUCCUUAAAAGGGAUGCCAAUGUUUUCCUGUUUACAAGCUCUUGUUGGUGAAGUUUCGCUUUAAGGCAAAAAACAUUAGUAAAUUGGGGUAUCAGCACCUUGUUCACUGGAGAUGGCUGCCUGUUCAGUAUUUUUAACAUAAUUAUCCAGCUUUGGAUGCCUAUAAAACUAUUAGCUUUUGCUGCGAAACAACACAGGCUUCUUUAUUAUUAUCUAAUGUUUUUAUGCUUUGUAUUUUGAUGUUUCUUUUUUUACAAUGGUAAUGACAUAUUAUUGCUUGUAAUGUCAAGAAAAAACUUUACACUUUUCUUAAACUUCGUUUUCAAUUGUCUGUGUGCAUUAAAGCUUUUCUAGUAAAGAUUAUUACUCUACUUUCCAGCAAAUGCUA